AAUGCAAGGGGCCUGGACUCUGAGGCCGUGCGCUCUGAUGUGCGGCCCCAGACAUGCAGGGGUGGCGAAGCUGGAACAUUCCUCCUGGGAAGGGGUGGUGGUGCGGGCCUUUACCUCUUGGCUAGUUUUUGAGCACCAGGUGGACGGUGCUCAGCUGACGUCCCAGGAUGCCACCCUCCCAUCCCAGCAACCCAAAAGUGACCACCCAGACCUUUGCCCUGAGACUGAAGAGUCAGAGGACAGUUGGAAAACUGCUUGGGGAAGAUGCGGGGGUGCUGAGGCAUGGUGACCAAGGACACUGUCCCACUGGGUGUGACCAUGCUGGAAGAGGGACCAGGACUUGGGGCUACCUCUCCAUACCUCCCAAAGACGGUCACCUCCGGGGAGGAGAAUGAAGUUCACAUUCAUGAGGACCUUCUCUGGCCAGGUUUUUACCCACGUCAUCUCAAUUCCUACAAGAACCACUCAAGUGUGCCUUCCGGGGUGGCUGAGCAGGGUGGCCCCCAAGUCACCGAGGGAGGUCCUGGGCCCAGAGUGAGCCGUACUCAGCCUGCUUGCGGCCACCUUGCUCCAGGCCACCAGAGGCCCAAGUGCAGGGGAACAAAAGACUCGGCCUCUUCCGGCCGUGCCCCCUCUGGCAACCACCAGCCGCCCUCAGGGGCCUCGUUAGGCUGCUACUAUCUCCCGACUGGGCUGCCCGGGUGCAUCGGGCAGUCUGACAUCACAGCCCGUGGUGGCAGCCCCAAGGGGGAAGUGGACCCAUUCUACUACGACUAUGAGACUGUCCGCAAAGGGGGCCUCAUCUUUGCUGCCCUGGCCUUCGUCGUGGGGCUCAUUAUCAUCCUCAGCAAAAGACUCCGCUGUGGGGGCAAAAAGAAGCACCGGCAAGUCAAUGGUGACGAUCUGUAAUGACGGAGUCAGCUGUGUCCCGGCUGCAGGGGGGACCUUGGGAAGACUUCCCUGAGCUGUAGACCUUUGUCCCCAGCACUGCCAAGGCCCUCAGGCUGAAGGAAGCGCCAAGCUCCAUGUGACCCCUGGGUUUGCAUGGCCUCCUCCCACCCCAGGCCGCCUCCUGUUAAUAAUAAAGCGAGCCUCAGAGACA